AUGCAGCGCGAAGAACAAACUUUAUUUCCCGAUGCCACUUUCGAUAUUCAAGAAGCCCGGAUAGUCAACAAACUUAUCCGUAAUGAAACAGGGCAGCGUGGCAAAACAAAUGCGACGCAAUUUUCCAGCAACCCUCAUAGUUCUUUAGGCACAAAUGUGCCUUCGGUCGAGCAAACCGGUGCUAGGAGUACUAGCCAAGGCAGCCAUCAUGACAUUGCUGGCAGAAUUUCAGCUCCCAUUGCCAAAGUUAAUUUCCAGAAUGCUGGGCAAGUCAGUGGCAGUAAUGCCCUCCAGGAUACUGGGCAAGUCAGUAGCAACAAUGCCCUCCAGGAUACUGGGCAAGUCAGUGGCAACAAUGCCCUCCAGGAUACUGGGAAAGUCAGUGGCAACUACGCCCUCCAGGAUACUGAGCAAGCCAGUGGCAACAAUGCCCUUCAGGAUACUGGGCAAGUCAGUGGUAACAAUAACCUCCGUAAGAUUAGCAAGAGGAGAGGGGCAUAUCAGCUACUCAGUAAAUUGUUGAUCCCCAAAUGGUUCAACAGUAAACCUCCCGUUCCCUUCGUAAGAGGAAGCAGUCACCACGAGAAAAAGGGCGUUCAAGGAAGGAAUGGCGCUGCUAAAGUCCUCAACAAAGGACGCCAAAAUUUUGCGUCAGAUCCAACGAAUUUGUUUGAGACUACUAUUCGUCCGACGUCGUCUCGUCCGCGGACGAGCUUCCCGACGUUCCUUCAGACGAAGACAUCUCAAAAACUGAGUUCAGUGUUUGGAGGAGAGACAAGCAGCGGGGGAACUUAUGGAAAGCCUGCGGUUGAUGCUUCUGAUGGAAUUAAAGGAAUGUCGGUGAAAGGUACUUAUCGAGGGGCUUCAAUUGGUACUUCGUACGGAGGAGCUAAGGGUGAUGCUUCAUAUGGAGGGUCGCCUGUGGGCACAUCAUAUGGAGCGACGACGAGUGGUUCUUCCUAUGGAACAGUGCCUGAUAGUACUUUGUAUGGAGCGGCAACGGUAGGUAAUUCGUAUGGAGAGGUGUCAAGUGGCCCUCCGUAUGUAGGAGUGUUAAGAGGUAAUUCUUUAGGUACAGCGUCGUGUAGUACCUCUCAUGGGGGGUUGGCUGGUGGUACUUCUUACGGAGAGCCUACUGAUGCUACUUCAUAUGGAGGGACAGCGGUUGAUACUUCCUAUGUAGGGGCUGUGGGUAGUUCAUCUUAUGGAGGGUCUGCUGGUGGUACUUCUUACGGAGAGCCUGCUGGUGGUACUUCUUAUGGAAGGUCUGUGGUUGGUACUUCCCAUGGAGGAGCUGUGGGCGGUUCUUCUUAUGGAGGGUCUGCUACUGGUACUUCUUAUGUAGGGGCUAUGGGUAGUUCAUCUUAUGGAGGGUUUGCGGGUGAAACUCCUUAUGGAGGGUCGGCUGAUAGUACUUCUUGUGUUGGGUCUGCGGGUGGUUUUCCAUAUGGAGGGUCUUUUGGUGGUAAUUCCUUCGAAGGAUCUAACACCGGAACAUUCCAGAACACAGGAUCAGCCUACUCAGGAUCUGUUGUUUCUAGUUACACGGAUUCGAAGAGUCCACCUGCGUCGUUGCUGUCGUUCCCGUCGUAUUUGAGUUCGAUGCCGUCAUCUUCGUACUCUCAUCUUCCCCAAGACUUGGUGCAGCCUGAGACUUACAAUUCAAAUUUAGGGGUGCUCACAGUCAUACAGCCCACCAAAUGCAGGAACCCCAUCGCAGUCAUACAGCCCACCAAAUGCAAGAAUUCCAUCACAGUCAUACAGCCCACCAAAUGCAGGAACUUCAUCGCAGUCAUACCGCCCACAAAAUACAAAAACUCCUACACAGUCACACAGCCCACCAAUUUCAUACAGCCAACCAAAUUCUGGAACUCCUUCACUGUCAUACAGCCCACCAAAUGCAGGAACUCCUUCACUGCCAUACAGCCCACCAAAUACUGGAACUCCUUCGCUAUCAUACAACCCACCAAUUACUGA